UCUUGCAUUCAAAGUAGGGUCUACAAAUGUGUACGAUAUUUAGUUAUAUUUUCAAUAUCAUAGUGCUAUCGUACAUUUUACAAUAGUUAAUAUUGUUGCUGGUACAAGGAGGCAAACAAUUCUAUGUAACAACAACAAUGAAUUAACAACUGACAGACGGAUAUUUAUAAACUGGUUUAAUAAUCGAUAAUGGCUCAAAAUUACAUGCUUAGGAAAGUAGCGAUUGUGAUUGUGGCUGCAUUGCUUGUAAAUGUAAUGACAUUAACGUUUAUGUUACACGGAAACAUAUUUUAUACAUCUACAAAAACUGGGGAGUUAAUGAUUAGUAACACUUCACACGGCUAUGGCAUCAGUGAUCCACGAGACCCAAGGUUUUACAACAUCAUACUUGAAGAGGAUGCUGUCAUGUUUAAACCUUGCGAAUAUGUUAACAAAGCAGCUUCGAUAAACCACUCAGCAAUAUCACUGACAGAUCGUGUGAGUGGGACUUACAAUAUUGGUGAAGAUAUUCGAGCCAUUGUAACACUGUACGAUGGUUAUGGCAACCGUAAACAUUCUAGGGGAGAUCAUCUAAGAGCAACAAUAGAGAACAAAGUGCUUAAAGCAUCUGCCCCUUGUGUUGUGACUGAUAACAAUGAUGGAACGCAAACGGUGACAUGUUAGGCAUUAUGGAGCGAGACUUCAACAAUUCAAGUAACUUUAGCCUAUACAAGAGAUGCAAUUACAGCCAUAUAUAGAAUAAGAACACAAGUUUUGUCCACCAGUUACAUAGGUUUAAAGUUCAGGAGUGGAUCUUACGACGGAACUACUAUCUGUCAUCCAAAUGCUACACACCUGCUGAAGUUAACUUAUUACACAGACGUUUGUAAUAUGACUGAAAUUAACUUAGGAAUGUCGUUUUAUUGCGGGAAACCACAAAAUAAGCAUUUGCAAUGCCAGGACAUGCAGCUGGUAGAAGCUGGUAGAAUACCAGCUCCGGAACUUCAGUUCACAGAAUGCGAGAACAUUCUAAU